AUUCUCUCUCUGAUUCUCGUGUAAGAGAUGCAGUCUCAAACCACAACAAGUGAGCGGCAGGUGUUAAUUUGUCAUUGCUGAUAAUGAGCGGCGCUCUGUGCGUCACGGUGCGCCCCGGUGCGGACUCUCCACCCUGCAUGUCAAUUGUAGGCAGAGCAGCAUGUGAUGCUCCGUCCUCCAGUGUCCUGUGAGCGCUCAGUCUGUACCACUCCGACACACAAGUGCAGCCCAGCGGAUGUAUUCAUGACUCUCUCCAGAUAUUCUCUCACGGCUUUGUUCAGAUUAAACCCUGGAUAUUGUUGAUCGCUGCUAAAGACUCACGGACUGAGGCCAAGAGCUAAAAUCCCUCACAGCUACAUCCAUCCAUCUCUUCUCCACUCUUUGCCCAGUAUCACCUCUUUUUUUUCUGCAUCUACCAGUCUCUUUCUCGCUCUCUCUUUCUCUCUCCACCCCCGCCCCCUUCCCGACCCUCAGCCUCCCUCAUGCCUAAGAACAGCAAGGUGACGCAGCGCGAGCAGAGCCAUGAGCACGUCACAGAGUCAGUGGCCGACCUGCUCGCACACGAGGAGCCACUCGACUACAAGAGCAGCUCCCUGAAUGUCGGAGGGGCUGCUGGGAAGAAAGUCCCGCAGCUGGAGGUGCCUGAAAACGAUGGGCGUCCCGCCUGGAACAGCAAACUCCAGUACAUCUUGGCCCAGGUGGGCUUCUCUGUGGGCCUGGGCAACGUGUGGCGUUUCCCUUACCUGUGCCAAAAGAAUGGAGGAGGUGCCUACCUGGUACCCUACUUCAUCCUCCUCCUCAUCAUCGGGAUCCCGCUCUUCUUCUUGGAGUUGGCCGUGGGUCAGAAGAUCCGACGUGGAAGCAUCGGGGUGUGGAACUACGUCUGUCCCCGACUGGGCGGGAUAGGGAUGUCAAGUCUGAUGGUGUGUGGCUUUGUGGGUCUCUACUAUAAUGUGAUCAUCGGUUGGAGCAUCUUCUACUUCUUCCAGUCCUUUCAGUAUCCUCUGCCAUGGAGCGAAUGUCCCAUCAGAAAGAACGGGACACUUGCUAUCGUGGAGCCGGAGUGCGACAAAAGCUCAGCCACAACCUAUUUCUGGUACCGUCAGACUCUGAACACGACCAGCACCAUCGCAGAGAGCGGCGGCCUCAACGUCAAGAUGACCCUGUCUCUGUUUGUGGCCUGGAUCAUCGUCUGUCUCGCCGUCAUUAAAGGAAUCGCCUCCUCUGGGAAGGUGAUGUACUUCAGCUCUCUUUUCCCCUAUGUGGUGCUGUUCUGUUUCCUGGUCCGGGGGUUAAUGCUGAAGGGGUCAGUGGAUGGCAUCGCUCACAUGUUCACUCCCAAGCUGGAGAAGAUGUUGGAGCCCCAGGUGUGGAGGGAGGCAGCCACCCAGGUCUUCUUCGCUCUGGGUCUGGGCUUUGGAGGAGUCAUAGCUUUCUCCAGUUACAACAAGAUAGACAACAACUGUCAUUUUGACGCUGUGCUCGUCUCUUUCAUCAACUUCUUCACCUCCAUUCUGGCCACGCUGGUGGUAUUUGCUGUGCUGGGCUUCAAGGCCAACAUCAUGAAUGAGAAGUGUGUUGUGGAGAAUGCCGAGAAGAUCCUGGGAUACCUCAACUCAAACGUCCUGAGUCACGAUCUCAUUCCUCCACAUGUGAACUUCUCUCAUCUCACCACAUCAGACUAUGCUGAGAUGUACGGCGUCAUCAAAACAGUCAAAGAGGGCAGCUUCUCCCAGCUGGGCCUGGAUCCUUGUGUCCUGGAGGACGAGCUCAACAAGGCCGUCCAGGGCACUGGUCUGGCUUUCAUUGCCUUCACAGAGGCCAUGACUCAUUUCCCAGCGUCUCCAUUCUGGUCGGUCAUGUUUUUCUUCAUGCUCAUCAACCUCGGCCUGGGCAGCAUGAUCGGCACCAUGACUGGCAUCACCACGCCCGUCCUCGACACCUACAAAGUCCAGAAGGAGCUUUUCACAGUGGGUUGCUGCAUCGUGGCCUUCCUGUGUGGCCUGUUGUUCGUUCAGCGCUCAGGGAAUUACUUUGUCACCAUGUUUGAUGAUUAUUCUGCUGGUCUGCCUCUCACUGUUGUGGUCAUCCUGGAAAAUGUGUCUGUCGCUUGGAUUUACGGCACUAAAAGGUUCAUGCAGGAUCUGGAGGACAUGUUGGGUUUCCGACCGUACAUGAUCUAUUUCUACCUGUGGAAGUACGUCUCCCCUCUCUGUCUCAUUGUCCUCAUCUCGGCCACCGUCAUAGAGAUGGCCAUCAGCCCACCGGGAUACAACGCCUGGGUCCAAGAGCUGGCUCAGGAGCGCUUCCAGAGCUACCCUCCCUGGGCGCUGGCCAUGUGCUUUGCUCUCAUCAUAGUGGCCAUGCUUCCUCUCCCUGUCGUCUUCAUUGCCCGUCACUUCAACCUGAUGUCAGACGGCUCCAACAAGCUGUCCGUCUCCUACCGUAAAACCAUGAUGAAGGACAUGUCCAACCUGGAGGAGCAGGACGAGGCCCGGUCCAUCCUCGGCGCCAAGCCCGGCGAGGUGCCGUCGUCGGUGCCGACACGCAAAGCUUACCUCACCCCUGGAGGGAACAAACCCCUGGACCCCAACUCCCUGUCUCCAAACAGCUGCUACGGCACAAGCUACCAAAACGCCGCCAUCAGUCCCACCACGCCAACCACGCCGACCACGCCUGUCACACCAGAGUCUGAUUCUUGACUGCUGUCCAAACACCCCUCUGACUCCCAGUCCUUUAGCACAGUUUACCUUUCAGCCAUAAAGUCGGGGGUCAAUGCAGCACAGAGAAUCCCCACCACUGCCCUGCUAACGCCAUAAAACUGUAUGUAGCUAAUUUAUCUGCGCACACACUUCCCAAAAUAACAUAGAGGAACCACCUGAGAAGAUGUCCAAAAUGUUUCCAUGUUUCCCAGCAUCUGGAGAAGUAGGUAGAAUGGAGAUAUAUGUUAAACACAGGGAAAAAAAGAGUUGAUCAAACACUUAAAUCAGGGUGAGAUUGACAGUGACACACUGUGCAUCUCUAUCUAUUCUGUAUUUAAAGUUAAGUUCUGUGAUCUGCUUUUCUUUGCCUUAGUAUAAGGAUCCUCAGCAGACAUAGCACCCACCCCCCCAAACCCCACCACGGUAUAAUGCACGUCCCUGUCUGCACAGUGCGGGGGAUCUGAAAGAACGAAUGUAGCAGAGCCGGCAUGGUUCUGCUGGGUGAACAGGUUUUCACUUGGUGAGAGCCAAAAUGAAUGUGAGUUUGAUUAUUUUAAGGUUUAAAGCCUGUCACUGUUUGCGUCACUGCCCUUCGUAGCAAUACUGUGUGUCGAAGCCAUACAGUUUAACACAGAUCAAGUUAUUUUCUAUUAGACAGUAUGCAGUGAUUUUAGUUUGUACAUACAGCAUGUCUGCACUGAGCGCUGACAUGCACCUCUGUUCUGCUGCUCUGAACAACAAAACACUUCUUGUCGUGUAGAUUUGUCUUCACAGGACACUCUGUAUUGUAAACUAUGCUUAAGGCUGCUCUAAAGACACCAUUUAUGUUCCAUUAGGACCCUAAAUCAACCUCCUGCUCUGUUUUGUGUGUAGCCAGUGCUGGUCUUGUUCAUUCUGUAAACAGUGUACAGUAUAUUAAUAUGAUAUAGGAUAAUGUGAUUUUUGUUACCUGGAGGAGAUCAAAACCGCCAUCUCAUCGUCCAUCACACUGCACUCUGCAGAAAGUCACUCAUGUCAGUUUCUCCACCAAAGAGCAAAAAGUGAAUAAUAAAACACUUGAAGUCUACAUAUUUAUAUUACAGAAUAAAAGACUUAAUGUGCUGAAUUGUAUUAAAAGUGAACUAAACUCAUACGACUGGAACUCAGCAAUCAUAUCCACUGACAGGAAGCACAGCUCGUUCAUGUGAUUUUGACACAAAUGUCCAGAAUGAUUCUUUAAACGCAGCUCUGAUUUCAUUUCUAUGCCACAAAAGCACAAAAAGAUGCUGAAGAUUUUUAGACAAUUAUUGUGCACACGAUAACUGUUAACUACUAACCCUGUAUUGCUGACCUAUUAUUUUGAACAUUUAUGCACACGUAACUUGAAAUGCUGCCCUCAAAUAUGUCCCACACAGUGACUAAGCAAUAUUUAUACAGUAGCACAAAGAAUGCACAAACUAUGUUCAAAACUUAAUGAACAUAAUGGAACAUAAAAAUCAGCAAUGGACCAAAAGAUGUAGGAAACUUAUGAAACAAAAAAAAUCCUAAUUAUGGAGCAUUAAACUCAUCAGCUCACUUGAUAGUAUGAACUUCUGUACGCCUUAGACUCCUCAUGCACACAAAUGCUUAACACACACGUACACGCUGUUUCUGUAUAUUUGUGAAAUAAUAAACCUCUCGAUGCCGACAGUAUUAAGUCAGUCAUGCAAUACCAGGGUUUCUUUGUGAUGAAGGUCUUUAACUUGUGGUUAAAUUAAGAGAUGGUAUGAACCGCUAAAAUUAAGAUGGACAUCUUUCCAUGCACAUGUCUCACUUUUGUUCACACCGAUAGUUUAGUGCAAAACUGUCUGUAAGUUCAAACUGAGCACAUUUACGUUCCUGUUACACGUGAGAGGAUACCUUUAUUUAUUUUUUUAUCACAAUAUUCAAAGCCAUGGUGUUAAGGUAAAAAUGGAUUAUAUUUAUAUUCCUGUAUAUUUGCAGGUGUAGGUGUGAUGAUGAAUAACAAAGAUUUAUCUUUUAAAAGUGACCAGUAUAUAUACUGUAUAUUUUCAUCUUGUGUGAAGCUUACUGAAAUUGUAUAUUUUAAGACUUAUCUAUUUUGUAGUUUGUGUAACUCGUUCUUGUUGUGGGAUGUGAAAAUGCUGCCGGCAGGUGGAGCUGAUGUGUGAUCUCAGUGUAGUCUUGUGUGGGCAGCAGCUGGUUGUGUUCACUGGAGCUGUGUGUUCUGGUUGCACCUCAUGUUAGGUGAUGUCCGCCCACCUGUCUCAGUUUACUGGUCUACUUGUUUUUAGCCACACAAGCAGUUCACCACAAAAUGCUGUUAAAAUUUCCUCUUGUCCAACACUUUAGUCCAUGAAAGGACACCUCUCAAAAUAAUUCCAGUCAGCCUGAGCUAGACAUUCAGAUGUAUGCUAAUAUAGCAUGCUAGCAUGGUAAACAGAUUUGGUUUCAUGCUAACUGUACACAAAACAGACUACCAUACUGAAAAUUACAUGCAAAACAUGCUUCUGCUAAAAGAUGAGGAUAUUAACACGCAAAGGUGAUAAAUGUUAAAAGGAAAAUAUCUAACUAGCAUUCCAC